GUCUCGGGCACGCUGAUCUUUCUCUGCACGUGGCAUCUGUUUACAGGGCUGGCUGCUUGCCGUAAUAUAGCCUUAGCUGCUGACACGGCGUAAAACACCAAUUCCCCCCCCCCACCCAUUACCGCAAGCUGCGUCGACUUGGGAAAGUUUGGUGUGUCAUAUGGUAACUCAACAGAUUUUCUAUUUUUCUUUCGUAAGUGAGAUUUUGAAGAUAAAGUAAACUAACUGCAGGUUUACUAGUUUUCAUGUUCUUUGAUUACGUGUCACACGGAUGAUGCGAAGCUGUUCUACUUGAAGUGUAGUACAACACAUCACGUUAUGCUUAAAGAUAUGAGUACAAAAGGGAGAAAACUACUGCAACAUUCAGGGAUUGUUCCAGUAUGGAUUCUUUCCCUUUAACCGCUAAGUGAAGGGGGGAAAAACGUCAACCAAUCAGAUACUGUUAUAUUUGAAGGUAGUUUAGUUGAUAAAUGCGCCAUUUCUGCAGUAACUGCCGAUUACUCAAUUCGACAUUGAUUUGUACCCCAACAAUCGUGAAUUACAAGAAAAUAAUAAGUAAUAUUUAAAUCGUAAUGUAUAUUUUAAUAAAAUAUGUUUUUGGCACUAUAUAGUUGCAUAUGGAUAAUUAAUAAUUUGCAUUAAAAUUUGAACUUUUGGCCUAAUUACAAUCUUUCAUAAUAUUAUCUAAUGCUUAAAAUUGUGUGUUUAGAGCAGUAUAAAUAUGAAGUAUAAUCCUAUAUCGAAAACUGUCAUAAAAGGGCAUGAAAUGUGUAAAACAAAGUUUGUGAUUUGUGCACGGACAUUUAGAUACCUCAAACAGGCAAAAGGAAAUCCCCAUAACGACAGCACAACAACAUGUUUGGGUCAUAGGACGCUUCACCCCAAGACCAUUUCGUCCCACACCAGAAGUCAAUUUGUCCCACGUAGGUCCCUUUCGCCCAAAGUAAGAACAGUCACACUUUUUUCUCUAUUAUCCUUCUCACUUACACCAGACAAUAAUGCGAUACUAGCAACUAAUUUCCAAAACAUAUAAAAACGGAAAACUUAGAAUACUUCAUAAGGGAAGUAAGAAACACUUAAACAUGUAAAAUUUGUGUGUUCAAGAUAUAAAUUACUGUCCUGAACAAUAUUUGAAAAAUUGAUACGAUUUUAUCUGCCGUUGACUUAAAAUUGCGGCUUUAUCAGUUUUUGAUAAAAUACCAAGAAAGCUGGUGCCAGACAAGUGUGAUUAUCUGUCAGUAGUAUUCUUCCAGCUGUUCAGCAUCUUCUAGGAAAAUCGUAUACAAAAAUCUUCCUUAACCCAGAUCAUUAAGAUCAUUCUUAUUUUUGAUGAUAGAGUCUUUAAGUUUAUUUUGUCCCUGUUUUGUACAAAAUUGUUUUGGUUUUUGUAAAACUUAGUUUUUAGUCCUGUUUAAGUACGGGGUUGUGUCUGUUAUCCAUUAUUACUAUUAUCUGAUGCUCCUGCUCCCCAAUCGAGAUACCCAUGCCCACACACACACACACAAACUAACUAAAAACACAAAGAAGCACAAUUAGAGUCUUCGAUUCAACUAACGUUAGUUUUGUACAACAUAAAAUAAUGUUAACAACUUAUAAAAUACAUUUUAUUAGUUAUCAAACAGUGUAGUCUGUCAAUGAAAUAAAUCAUAAAUAAACACAAAAAUUGACAGACUCAAGCAAGUACCCGCCUGAUCAGGACUGUGUUUACAUAAUCCAUGCAGCAAACAAAAUAUCACAUAACCUAAACAUUUCUCCGUUUACAGCUCCCUUUAUGUGCCACAGACUUCAUUUAGAAUUCGAAUUCAGGUUUUGUUUGUUGAGAUGAUUUAGGAACAUUUAAAUUAAAGUAAAACAGAACAAACGUACACAUGUUAUAGCUUUUAUAAAUACUUAUUCACUUUGCCUCAGACAACAGGACCUCUCAAUAUUUUAGCCCUGUUUUCACUCCGAAGAGAGGAACACUUACAUCUUUCUUGUUAUUUCAAUGUAAGUCCCUUGAGUUCCAGAAAGAUAACAGCUGCAUGUGAGUAUGUGGAAACAAGCUGAACUGUCAGACUAACCUGAUGGGUAAGUUUGAUAAACAAAUGGAUGAGCUCUCAUUACCUUCAAACGAGAUGAUCACUCCUCUUUUUUUGUUUUUCUUAACAUUUGGAAUUCAUCCGCAAGUGCAAGCUUGUGGCGGUGAAUACACUGCACUCACUGGUCUCAUAUCGUCUCCAUUGUACCCGAGCCAGUACCCGCCUGACCAGGACUGUGUUUACAUCAUCAGAGGACCAACAGGAUUUCGGAUAACCUUCACGUUUGUCACCUUUGAGCUCGUUGGUGAUAGGGGUAACUGCCAGGACUAUAUACAGAUUAGAGAUGGUGAUUCAUGGACGUCACCAUUCUUGUCUAUCUACUGCAACACCACAGCGUACCCAAGAAGAUCCACAUCAAACACAAUGUGGGUCAGAUUCCAUUCUGACGGGACUCAAAGCGCAGGUGGCUUCCAUGCGAGCUACACUGCAGCCAUAAUUCCCUUAAAGUUUCUCCUUAUUACGAAUCUUUGCUAUCGGGGUGGCGGGGUAUUCGCAACAUAGACAUCGACACGAAUACCCUUUAUGACAUUCCUGUCGAUGGACUACAAGA